AUGACUUCAACGCUUACUCGCGAGCAAGUCGCCUCUGCCCAACUGCAGGGUGACUUCGCUAUAAAAUCUGAAAGUUUGCAGCCCAAACUCGACACAUCGGAAUGGCCCCUCCUGCUCAAAAAUUAUGACAAGCUACUCGUUCGCUCCAGUCAUUUUACACCCAUACCGUCUGGAAGCAGUCCAUUGAAACGAGACCUUGUCUCAUACAUCAAAUCAGGUGUGAUUAAUCUUGACAAACCUUCUAAUCCUUCAUCGCAUGAAGUCGUGGCCUGGUUGAGGCGCAUUCUACGUGUUGAGAAAACUGGACAUAGCGGUACGCUUGACCCUAAGGUCACAGGGUGCUUGAUUGUUUGUAUUGACCGCGCUACGCGAUUGGUCAAGUCCCAGCAAGGCGCAGGCAAGGAAUAUGUAUGCGUGCUGCGCUUGCACUCAAAUCUACCGGAUCCCACUGCCCUCCCUCGGGCAUUGCAGACACUCAGCGGUGCGCUCUUCCAGAGGCCACCACUGAUCUCUGCUGUAAAACGACAGUUGCGUAUUCGAACGAUAUACGAGUCGAAGUUGUUGGAGUUCGAUGAAAAACGUAAUCUUGCCGUAUUUUGGGUGUCAUGUGAGGCUGGUACUUAUAUCCGAACGCUUUGCGUUCACCUUGGUCUUUUGCUGGGCGUGGGUGGACACAUGCAAGAACUUAGGAGGGUAAGGAGUGGUGCGAUGUCGGAAAAUGAUGACAUUGUGACCAUGCAUGAUGUUUUGGAUGCUCAGUGGAUGUAUGAUAACACAAGAGAUGAAUCGUACUUGCGCCGCGUUAUCCGGCCUCUGGAGAGCUUGCUCGUGGGAUAUAAGCGCAUUGUUGUGAAAGACAGUGCGGUCAAUGCAGUCUGCUACGGCGCGAAGCUCAUGAUUCCUGGGCUCUUGCGCUACGAAGCGGACAUUGCAGUUAACGAAGAAGUGGUCUUGAUGACAACAAAAGGUGAAGCUAUAGCUCUGGCUAUUGCACAAAUGUCGACGGUUGAACUUGCCACUUGUGAUCAUGGAGUUGUUGCAAAAGUGAAACGAUGUAUCAUGGAACGUGACACCUACCCACGCCGUUGGGGUCUUGGACCCAUGGCUCUUCAGAAAAAGAAAAUGUAUGGUGAGAAGAAUGAAGCAACACCUGCGGAAUGGAGCAAGGACUACGUGGACUACAAUCGAGAGCAAUCCGGCCCUUCCACGAUUACCCCUGCACCUGCCCAAAAAGUGGAGGUAGUCGCAGAACUUGUUGCCGAGGCUAUUUCCCCGAAGAAAGAUGAGAAGGAGAAAAAACGGAAACGGAAGUCGGAGGCAGCCGAAUCUGUUGCCGAUGUGUCCAUGGCAGAAGCACCUGCAGCGGAAGACGAUGUGGAUAAAGCAGAGCGGAAGAAGCGGAGGAAGGAAAAGAAGGGAAAGAAGGAGGAAGGAAAAGAAGAGGAUGAUGAGGCUCGACGGGAGAGGAAACGGCUUAAAAAAGAGAAAAAAGCUAGGGAGUCGAUGGCAGCUGCAGACGAGUAG